UUCCGCUCUUAAAAUAAACGAGGAAGUCGCAAGGAACCGUUCAGCGAAGACCAAAGGCAAGGGACUUUGUUAUCACCGGGUAACGUUGAGCCUUCAAAGCUGAGUUCUUCUACAGUGAAGUUUCACCCGUAAAUGCUGAAAUAUUUCCAUCAAAAAGUGAAGCAAAGUUUGUGAGAGAACAGUAAGAACAUGAGUGAUUCAGGAGCCUGCACAAUAAAACAGGAAGAUACUGAAGAACAAAUAGACUUGUUAAAUGAGAACAGGAAGAUUGAAGAUCUGAUUAAAAGGGGAGAGAAACAUCACAUCAAAACUGAAGAAAUCCCAAAAGACAAUCCAUGUUUCACAUGCCUACAGUGCACAAAGACUUUCUCGUGUGAGGAAAGUCUUAAUCUUCACAUGAAGAUUCAUAAAGAAGUGAAGCCACACACAUCUGAUCAAUUUGAUGAGAUUUUCACUGUAGAAGUAACAGAUAACAUGAAAGUCCAGACAGAGGAAACGGUGUACAAUUGUGAUCAGUGUGACAGGACGUUCACAGAUAAGAGAAAUUUAGCCGCACACAUGAAAUUUCACAGCGGAGAGAAGCCCUUCAUGUGUGAUCUGUGUGGGAGGAGUUUUCUUUAUGCAAAUACGUUAAAAAAACACCGGAAAUUACACAGCGCUGUGAAGAAUCACGUCUGCUCCAAGUGUGGCAAGAGCUUCUUCACAUAUAGUCAAUUAAAAAUCCACCACACAGCUCACGCUACAGAAAAACCUUUCAAAUGUUCUGAAUGUGGCAAGGGGUUCAAAUCAUUACAGUGUCAACGAAUACAUGAGUUGAUCCACAGUGGAGAAAAGCCACACAAGUGUGAUCAGUGCGGGAAGACUUUCAGACAGAGAAAAAGUUUAAACAUCCACAUGAGAAUCCACACUGGAGAGAAGCCGUACACGUGUGAUCAUUGUGGGAGGAGCUUCAGCAGAAAGGAAACCCUUAACAGUCACUUGCAAACCCACUUCGGGAAUAUGCUGUACACUCAUCCUCAGUGUGCGGAAGGUUUCAACAAUAUAGGAGAUUUUACAGCACACAUGCCAACUCACUUCGGAGAGAACCCUUUCUCAUGUGAUCAAUGUGGGAAGGGUUUUAAUAAUAAAACUGCAUUGAAAAAACAUCAGAAUAUACACAAAGGUGUGAAGGAUCAUGUUUGCUCCACAUGUGGCAAGAGUUUUUUGAUAAAUGCUUAUUUAAAAAUACACGAAAGAGUUCACUCUACAGAAAGACCUCAUAAAUGUUCACACUGUGACAAGGCAUUUAAGUUACCGCAGACUCUGAAAAGACAUGAGAAGACCCACACUGGAGAAAAGCCGUACUCCUGUGAUCCGUGUGGGAAGAGACAAAAAACAGAUCUAGAUGUACACGUUGAAAAACACACUAAAGAGAAGCCACACAAAUGUGAUCAGUGCGGGGCGGGUUUUGCCACAAAAUGGAGUCUUACUUAUCACAUGAAGAUCCACACCGGAGAGAAGCCGUUCACAUGUGAUCAGUGUGGGAUCGGUUUUGUCACAAAAUUAAAUCUUGCUAAUCACCUCAAAAUCCACACCGGAGAGAAGCCGUUCACAUGUGAUCAUUGCGAGGCGCGUUUUGCCAGAAGGGACAGCCUUGCUAAUCACAUAAAACUCCACACCGGAGAGAAUCUGCACAAAUGUGAUCAGUGUGGGAAAAGUUUCAGAAGAUACGAUGUUUUUAAAGGUCAUCUGCUGAGUCAUUCAAGAGAGAGAAUCUAUAAAUGUAACCAGUGCGAUAAAAGCUUUUUUAAGCCAAGUAUGCUGAGGGACCACCGAAAAGUUCAUACAGAUGAGAGGCCAUACGUGUGUUAUUUGUGUGGGAGGAGUUAUCGGUAUAAAACUGCAUUAAAAAUACACCAGAAGAAGCACAGCGGUGUGAAGGAUCAUGCUUGCUCUGAGUGUGGCAAGACUUUCUAUACAGAUAGUGGCCUUAAAGAUCACCAGUCAGUUCACACUACAGAAACGCCUUAUGAAUGUUCAUACUGCGACAAGAGAUUCAAACGGUUACAAUAUCUGAAAAUACAUGCAAAGAUCCACAAGGUCAGUGAGUGAGUUCUGAUCCUGUACGUAUUAGUAUGAUGUUGUGCAGAGCUGAUUAUUUUGAUAAUCGAGUUAUGUAAUUAUUAUUAUUCAUCAGCUUUUGUCAUUGAUUCAAAUGUUUUACCCAUUCUCAAGGUUUAUUAAUUAAGAAAAAUCAUUUCUGUUUUUGAGCUUGUAUCUUGUUGAGGAAGCUGAACUGACCAAUCUCUUGCAGGUUCAAUGCACCAACUGCUGUGAAAAAUGUUCAGACAGACAAGAAUCAAUUUGAAAACCUCUAAAUUUAAUUAUCUUUUGCCAAAAUGUAAAGCAAAGUGUGGAAAUAGUUUGAGUACAAUGGUAAAAUUGAAGUUUCUAAGCUCUGCAUUGGUACAAUGUUGUGAGGGGAUUACACAGAAGUUUACAUUUGUUUCCUGUAAUAUGUCCGCAGGGUUUGAUAUUAAUGCUAAGCCCGUGGAUGUCAAUAAGAAACAUUUGGAUGAAAGUCUAGAGGCUGACAUGCAGAUAAUUCAUGCAAAUAAAUAAUAAUAAUGUAAUAAAAGCAAAGCGUUGUUUACUCAUUUAAUUAUCUAGCUUCAAUAAAUGAGACAAAAUCGAAAUCAAUAACACAAUCCGCCAAUUUGACUGUACUGUAAAUAUUCUGCAAAUUAAAGU